CAACAGCCGAUAAAAUCUAGAAGACGAAAGGGACUCUGCUCUUCCGUAAAACGACUACGUAGCUUGAGAAACAAGAACAGCUCAAGAAAACGCUGGUUUAUCAAGAUGAGCAGUGAAAAAUACCCGCGGUCUUCUAUCGAAGACGAUUUUAACUAUGGCACUAAUGUUGCUACGGCCAGUGUUCAGAUCCGUAUGGGCUUUCUCAGGAAGGUGUACACCCUCCUGAGCUUGCAGAUCAUCCUGACCACAGCCACCUCUGCUCUCUUCAUGUUCUCUCAGACCAUCAAGGAGUUUGUUAUCGCAAGCCCAGCUGUGGUGAUGGUUUCAUCUCUGCUCUCGCUGGUUCUUCUGGUGGCUCUAGCUGUGUACAGGCACCAACAUCCAGCUAACCUCUACCUCCUGUUUGCAUUUACUCUUCUGGAGGCGCUGUCUGUUGCCACAGCUCUCACCUUCUAUGAUUACUCCACAAUACUGCAAGCUUUGUUUCUCACCUGUGCUGUGUUCGCUGUAUUAACAGCCUACACCUUUCAGUCCAAAAGAGAUUUCAGCAAAAUGGGAGCUUGGCUUUUCUCCUGUCUGUGGAUCCUCAUCAUUGGAACCUUCAUGAGGCUCUUCUUCCACAGUGACGAUGCAGGUCUGUUCCUGGCUGGAGCUGGCGCCUUGGUCUUCUGUGGCUUCAUCAUCUACGACACCAGCGUGCUGAUGAAGCAGCUCUCUCCUGAGGAGCACAUCUUGGCCUCCAUUAACCUCUACCUGGACAUCGUCAACCUCUUCCUGCACAUUCUGCGCGUCCUCGACUCGAUGAAGAAGCACUGAGAGCUGCAAACCCACAAUUUGCCUGUUCUGUGAUUAAUUUAUGCUUGUGUGAGUGUUGAUGUUGGUGCACCAAAAAUCCCAUUAUUGACCUUUGUAACUGUUAAAACGAUCGGUGUGUUCUUGCUAAGCUCUUUCUGUUGUUCUGUUUGUUUGAAACCCAGAAUUAACCAGCGUUGUGAUUAUUAUCAGUUUUUCUGUCUUGUAAAGCCAACAAGUACUCGUCGUUUUAUGGAGGAAGGCCUCACUGCCUCAUUUGAUAUGGAGCCAACGAGCAGCUCGUCUGCCUCUAAUGCAGCUCGUUUCAUUUAAAUAGCAGCUCUGCAGGUGAAGACAGCCUGACACUGACAGAAGAGCUGCAUGGAUGCAAAUGCAGGAAUCAUUGAGAGGAAAUGCUGACCAAUCAGAUUUGUUCACAGACGUGUGUGUGCACAAAUCUGAUUGGUCAGUAUUUCCUUCCUGAAUUUGGAUUCUGAAUGAUGCACACAAAGAUUUGCAAACAACAUUGGCUUUGUUAGAAAAUCUAAGCACGUCUUUAAAAUGAAUAAUAAUUUUGUCAGUUUUCCAAACGUGCUCGUGGAACGAUGCUGAUAAGUAAUUAUAUAAACUGUACAUGACGUUGAAAUAAAGGUGAAAAUACAGAAAAGGUCUGUUUAACUUUGCAGAUCUUUAAGUAGGCUGAGAGAAAAGCAACACGUCACGAUGUAAAGCAGCGUGUCCCUUUGAGAGCCGCGGCUUUGGCAGGAUGUGAACAGGUUCGUGUCUGAAACCCUCCAGUUUGUUAAAUUAUGACAAAUCUGCAAAGAGGAGUGAAGUCCCUCAGUGAUAACAAAGACCCACUGGCAGUUAUCACAAACGCUUGAUUGCAGCUCUGAGGGUGACACGAGCAGUUAUUGGGUGUAGUCGUCAAGUAGUUCAUGACAUGGAUUUAAAUGAAAUUAGAAUUUAAAAACUUCAUUUUAUAUUUGCUCAGGUGAUCUUUUCCUAAUAUUAAAAUGUAUUUAUUUAUAUGACUGUUGUACAACAUCUGAAAUGUGACAAAUACGCAGAAAGAAAAAUUAGGAAGGAGGCAAAACCUUUGUGCACAUUUGUGAACGACUGCUGUUUUAAUUUGUUAUGCAGAAGAUUUCCUGCUGAGUCACCACAGACUCUCCCUGUUAAUGUCUGCCAGAUGAAUACUUGCUGAUUUAUAAAUAUCUAAAUUCUAAAAUUUUGAUAUUUACUUUUUAAUUUAUGAGCUUCUUGUUUUAAAUUCAUGGUGUUUCAGUUGUUUUUGAAGUCUAUACAUGAAAAAGACUUUUUUUAAACAAUGAGGUGAAAUCAUUGUCUUUAUGUGUGUGAUUAUAUAAUGAUUGUAUAUGAUUGUUAGAUUCAUUUAACUUGAUUAAAACUGAGCUGUUAAUCUGUU